AUGACUUCCAUCGCUACGCAAGACCAACUGAAGACACUGUUCGUCCUCGACGUCGGCCUUAGCAAGCCAGUGGCAGGCAAAUCCUUUCAGGAAAUCAUUUCCCGUGGCGAGGUGCUGGCUCUACCCCUAGAUGGCCGGGAUCCCGUUUUAAUCACGUCCGAUGUGAAUUUCGUGACUCUUCCCGACGGAGUCAUAUACAACACCAAGAGACGACGCCUAUAUUUCACGAACAUGGGCAUUCCUCCCCUCAAUGACGGCAGCGUCUGCUCAGUCCGCCUGGACGGAACACACAUGGAGACCGUGUUGGCCAAGGGUAGUGUUCACACCCCGAAGCAGCUUGCUUUGGACCAUGUCAACGAAAAACUCUACAUCUCUGAUCGCGAAGGCUUGAGGGUCAUGCGAUGUGAUAUGGACGGCUCAGGCCUCGAAACCCUUAUCCAGACCGGCGACUAUCGUAACCCUGAUGACGCCCGCGACCAGACAAAGUGGUGUGUUGGCAUCGCCGUGUCGAGCAAGACUGGACUCUUUUACUGGACACAGAAAGGCCCAUCCAAAAGCGGUCAUGGAAGGAUUUUCUGUGCACCGAUUGACACUACUGAGGGACGCCGACACCCUGUGUGCGUGCUCGAUAAUCUUCCUGAGCCAAUAGACUUGGAAUUUGAUGAAACGUCCAACAUCCUUUACUGGACUGAUCGCGGAGAGGUGCCCUACGGCAACACUUUCAAUCGGAUCCGACUGGACGCUUCAGGCACUGGCCCUGCUACAGUGUCUCCAGACGCGGUGACGGGUCUCCGACACGAAAUUCUAGCUCAGAAUUUCGAUGAAACCAUAGGGUUAGCUCUCGACAAGGCUGAAGGUCGAUGGUAUAUAUCGGAUAUGGGCGGGACAAUUUGGAUAUUUGAUAUCAAGAGCCGGUCCAAAAGCAAGCUGUUUGAGGACAAAAGUCGAGCUUUCACUGGUAUUGUGUUGGUUGUCAGAGGCUGA